CGGCCACCCUAGAAAAUAGAAAUACUCGCCGAUAAACAUCACAAUCAAACGGUGCUAUAUGCUUCGUCAUCAUACUAUCACACACGUGUCAACUUCUCAUUCAUUGGUCACCUAACACCCCGUUACAUUAACCAUCCCUUGCGUGAUUCUUUUCCUAUAAAACCCCCCCAAAAUCGUUGUUAUCAUUCAUCCUGUUUACGUUCUUCAAUUCAUCAAAUAUCUUCAACAAUCUCAAGAUGCAGAUCUUCGUCAAAACCCUAACUGGCAAGACAAUCACUCUCGAGGUCGAGAGUUCCGACACAAUCGACAACGUCAAGGCGAAAAUCCAAGACAAGGAAGGAAUUCCCCCAGACCAGCAGAGGCUCAUCUUCGCUGGAAAACAACUCGAAGACGGUCGCACUCUCGCCGACUACAACAUCCAAAAGGAGUCCACUCUCCACUUGGUCCUCCGUCUCCGUGGUGGCAUGCAGAUCUUCGUCAAAACCCUAACCGGCAAGACAAUCACUCUGGAAGUCGAAAGCUCCGACACCAUCGACAACGUCAAGGCGAAGAUCCAAGACAAGGAGGGCAUCCCACCGGACCAGCAGAGGCUCAUCUUCGCUGGGAAACAGCUCGAAGACGGUCGCACUCUUGCGGACUACAACAUCCAGAAGGAGUCGACUCUGCAUCUGGUGUUGAGGUUAAGAGGUGGUAUGCAGAUAUUCGUCAAGACGUUGACUGGGAAGACGAUUACUCUGGAGGUCGAGAGUUCGGAUACGAUUGACAAUGUGAAGGCGAAGAUUCAAGAUAAGGAGGGGAUUCCACCGGACCAGCAGAGGUUGAUUUUCGCUGGCAAGCAGCUCGAGGAUGGGCGUACGCUGGCUGAUUACAAUAUUCAAAAGGAAUCGACUCUGCAUCUUGUGUUGAGGUUGAGGGGUGGUAUGCAGAUAUUUGUGAAGACGUUGACGGGGAAGACGAUUACUCUGGAGGUUGAAAGUUCGGACACGAUUGAUAAUGUGAAGGCGAAGAUUCAAGAUAAGGAAGGGAUCCCGCCGGAUCAGCAGAGGUUGAUAUUUGCUGGGAAACAGCUUGAAGAUGGGAGGACUCUUGCUGACUACAAUAUCCAGAAGGAGUCUACCCUGCAUCUUGUGCUUCGUCUUCGUGGCGGGUUUUGAAGUUUCUGUGGUUGAUGUUUGGAACAAGUUGGUUUGAUUGUUCGUGGUUGAAUAAAAGAUGUCUGUGUUUGAGGUUUUUCUUUUAUGUUAAAAGACUUGAAAGUACUGUGGUGAUGAAUGAAUGAAUGAAUGUUUUCAAAUUAAUCAUCUAUAUGGAAAAUGUUUGUUUUGUGUUU